CGUCACGGCCUUUCCUCAAUCAUUCCCAAUCUCUCCGCCCUUCUCUUCAUCUUCCCGACUCCAACCUCACUCCGUCACCUAAACCCUAACGUCGUCGUCGAUCUCCUUCCCUUUCCGCUUCCAACAUCCCAAACCCUAACCGUCACCCCGAUGGCCUCGCAGGACUUCCCUCUCACCGACGAUUCCAGCUUCCCUCAGACCUUCUCCAACGGCAACUCCGAAGCUGAGCCCGAGAAAUCCGCGACCAAACGCAGCGCGAAGAAGCUCAAAACCAAUGACUCCGAUUACCGUAAAGAUCGCGAGGAAUGGUCAGACACCGCGAUCGCCUGUCUCCUCGAAGCCUACACGGAUAAGUUUAAUCAACUCAACCGCAGUAAUCUGCGCGGAAGGGACUGGGAGGAGGUUGCCGAGGCGGUUAGUGAGAGGUGCGGAGGGGCUUCCGGUAGCGCUGAGGAGAAGCAGAAGUACUGGAAGAGCGUGGAGCAGUGUAAGAACAAGAUUGAUAAUUUGAAGAAACGUUACAAGGUGGAGCUGCAGAGGGUGACUGGCGGUAACCUGGCGACCAGCCAUUGGCAUUGGUUUAAGCAGAUCGAAGCCAUCAUGGGGAAUCCAGGGAGUAAUAGCAGCAGCAGCAGAGCCGUGGAAUCUGUGGACAAAGCUGUUGGUUCUUCCAAUCUUCCCAGGCAAACUGCUAAGAGGUCGAUUUCUAACAGUUUCAUGCUGGAAAAUAUCCCAAAAUCAAAAUCAAUACCAACCAUAAAGUGGAAGAGAGUAGUGUUCAAAAUUAGUGGUGUUGCAUUAGCUGGGGAUGGCCAAAGUAUUGACCCUAAGGUAGCAAUACAGAUUGCGAAGGAAAUAGAAAUAGCUCAUCGCCUUGGAGUGGAGGUAGCAAUUGUGGUUGGUGGGCGAAACUUCUUUUGUGGAGACUCAUGGGUAUCUGCUACUGGCUUUGAUAGACCUACCACUUACCAAAUAGGCAUGAUGGCAACAGUAAUGAAUUCAAUAUUGCUUCAAUCAGCUUUAGAGAAGCAAGGUAUUCAGACUCGUGUGCAAAGUACAUUUGUGCUGCCAGAGGUUGCUGAACCAUACAGCAGGCAACGGGCUAUCCGACAUCUUGAAAAGGGAAGAGUUGUCAUAUUUGGUGGCAUCGGUGCUGGCACUGGGAACCCACUUUUUACAACUGAUACAGCUGCAGCACUGAGAGCUUCAGAGAUUAAUGCCAACGCAGUCCUCAAAGGUACUAAUGUUGAUGGCGUCUAUGAUAGUGAUUCUGGUAAUGGCAGUGUGGCUUUGGAACACAUAUCCUUCAGGGAUGUGGUUUCCAGAGGUACUACCUCCAUGGACAUGAUGGCCAUUACAUACUGUGAAGAGAAUGGGAUUCCUGUUGUGAUCUUUAAUUUGCUGGAGCCUGGGAAUAUUUCGAGAGCAUUAUGUGGACAACAAGUUGGCACCUUGAUUGACCAAGCAUGAGGGAUCAGUUAAUGUAAUUGAAACCAUCUUUUACCUUCUUCAAUUAAUAAAGGUGCUGGCUUUGAAGGGUAUCCAAUAACUUGCAUCUAACCUGGAGCUGCUCUUUUGAAAAACUUGGGAAGUGGAAGGUUUGUAUAUUAUGCAGUGAACACAAUAAAUGGUUUAGAUGGACCAGGAACAGGGGUUGGAAAGGCAGCGUGGCUGCAAUGUAUAUGCCAUACUUGUUCGUCUGUUUUUAAGUAUUGAAGAGAUAUUAAGGCCAGAGAUUGUGGGACUCAGCUAUCUGUAUUAGCUCUUGUUAUUCUAGUGGUGCCUCAGUUCUGAUAUAGCUAGCAUUCCUUACAAGUUUCUCCGUUUCUGAGGGUAAAUGUUUCUGUACAUGACUGGAUGACUAGUUAAAGAAAAGGGAUGCAACUUU